AUGACCCGCCGCGUAUCAACAAUGUCGCGGAGUCGAGGCCCCGCCGCCCGCUGGUCCAAAGGCGACGCCGUCGAUAACCUCUGCGUAUGGGAGGACUGCGCUCUGCUCCCCGUCGAGAGCGCAGUGCGGGACGAGACGGACGAGCACGACGACGACCUGCUGCCGUUCUGCGCGGCGCACUUCAUCCUCUGGUAUGUCCGCUGGGUGACGCCCGCGUUCCUCAAGAAGGCAUAA